AUGGACUACAAUCUCGAAUACAGCGAGGAGCAGCGGGAGUACCUCGAGCGUGUCGGGAUGUGGGAGCACCUCGAGACCUUCGUUGCCGAAGUCGUCCGGCAAAAGCCUCACGACGUCUACGAAUUCCUGCACAGCUGGGCCAGUGCCCGCUGCCCGCAGGCGGCAACGGCGACGCAGACGCAGGCUGCCAUCAAGAUCCAGUGCGCCCUGCGCCGGCACCUGGCACGGGAGCGGAUGCGCAGCCGCCAACGCGAAGUAAGCGGGCAUGUAGAGCACAACCAGGCGCAAGUAGCGACGACGCUGGAAGCCGAGGCUUAG